CACGUCAUGUUAGUGACCUAGCUGCUUAAUAACAUAAACAAGAAAUGGCAGACUUAGCAUGCUUUGGCGUUGUGAUGACUUGACAACCUUUAUGUCUGUAUUUUAACAUUUUAUACAAAGCGUACGCGUUGUAAAUUGAGAUUUAAAGCAAAUCUGAAGCAUAAGCGGCGAAUGUGAAGAGUCUGUGAUGAAAAGCUCGGAUCAGGAUGGACAGCGAUCUGAGCCCACAGGAUAGGAAAGACUUGGACAAAUUCAUCAAAUUUUUUGUCUUGAAGACGGUGCAGGUAAUAGUACAGGCUCGUUUGGGUGAGAAGAUCUGCACUCGCUCGUCCUCUUCCCCCACAGGCUCAGACUGGUUCACCCUAGCAAUUAAAGACAUCCCAGAGGUGACCCAUGAAGCUAAAAAAGCUCUGGCCGGACAGCUGCCCACUGUUGGACGCUCCAUGUGUGUGGAGAUUUCCCUGAAAACAUCAGAGGGGGAUUCAAUGGAACUGGAAACAUGGUGCUUGGAGAUGAACGAGAAGUGUGAAAAGGACAUUAAAGUCUCCUACACGGUUUACACGCGUCUGUCCCUGCUCCUGAAAUCUCUCCUGGCCAUCACCAGAGUUACCCCUGCUUACAAACUGUCACGCAAUCAAGGCCAUGAUUAUGUCAUCCUAUACAGGAUAUAUUUUGGCGAUGUGCAGUUAACAGGACUGGGUGAAGGAUUUCAGACAGUACGUGUAGGAGUUGUAGGUACUCCUACAGGAACUCUCACACUUUCCUGUGCAUACCGCACCAAUCUGGCCCUCAUGUCCUCCAGGCAGUUUGAGAGGACGGGUCCCAUCAUGGGCAUCAUCAUAGACCACUUUGUGGAGCGUCCGCUCGGGAACACGGCCCUAAUGCACCCCUGCAACUACAGAGCUCCAGGUGAGGAAGAGGGAGGGGUUUAUGCUGGAGUGGAGGACUCGCAGGAAGUGUGCACCACCUCCUUUUCCACGUCUCCACCUUCUCAGUGUCUGUGUACAGUAAGUCAGGCACACAGUAAAAGUCCUAAACCUUCUCUGACGGCCACUCUGAAGGUCCCUGUGAUGGGGCUGGGCUUCUCACAGCAACUUUGCACUUCUCGUCUGUCAUAUCAGACUCCCCUCCUGGGGCCAGUAGAUUUGUGCCAUCCUACUGCCUACACUGCUGCUGCCCACCCACACCAGAUAGCAGUUCCAGGGAAGGAAGGUGGAGUCCCACAGGUGCUGGUUCAGCCCAGUCAUGGCACUCAGGCAGACCAUGGGCGUGUGCCGUCCUGCCCCGCCGCAGACGUACCACACCCUCCAACCUCCAACUGCAGCAGCGGUGAUACAGACGUGUUGUCACGAAGUAGCGAAGGGAAGAACGUGUCCCCUUCGGACGCCCCCCAGACGACCUUUACCAGGAAAGUGGGAGCCUUUGUCAACAAACCCACCACACAGGUGACCACUGCCAGUCUGGAUCUGCCGUUUGCUGCGUUUGCUCCCAGAGGUUACGACCUGGAGGAGAACGACCCCAUGGUACAGCCGCCAGCAUCACCCACCUCCUCGUCUCCAUUACAAGACAGUCUUCACUCCCAGAGCUCCAGCCAGAGUGGAGGACAAGCACAAGAUGAUUUUGUCAUGGUUGACUUUAAACCAGCGUUCUCUAAGGACGACCUGUUGCCGAUGGACUUGGGCACUUUUUACAGAGAGUUUCAGAAUCCUCCGCAGCUCACAAGCCUUUCCAUCGACGUCAGCGCUCAGUCUAUGGCUGAGGACUUGGAGACUUUGCCAGAGAAGCUGGCCAUCUACGAGCAGAACAUCGAUGAGUUUGACAAAUUUGUGGACACACUACAGUGAAUCAUAACAAAAUCCGACGACUAUUAAAAUCUUUUUUUAUUUGUAUUUUAUUGUUAUUUUUUUUUUCUCUCCUUCCUUUUCCCUUCAGCCAGAUCAUUAUACGGCUGACUUCUUUAGGGUUUCCUGUUCGUCUGCUAUUUGUACGCUGUAAUAUUUAAAUCUCUUUUCUUUUGCGUCCUCUUCCUCAUAUUCUUGAGCAUGAUUCAUGAUUCCCUCCUGGAGUAUAUGAACUUUUAGCUGAAUACUUAGUACAAAAAAAGCCAGUAGUCUAUAAAACAGGUUUAUUUUGGUUGUCUGUUAUUGGUGUUUUUUUUUUUGUUGUUGUUUUGUUUUUGUUUUAAAGAAAUGUAACCAUCAUUAACUCCUUAUUCCUUUGAAUUGGUUUCAUUCUGAAAGAAUUCUGUUUGAAAGGUGACGUUGGUGUCGAGGAACCUCGGCAGGCCCAAAUCAUUGUAAUAAAUGUAUAUAGUGCACAAAUUAUUUAAUUUUAUUUUGUAAAGCACUGCAGAGAGGUUAAAAAAAAAAAGCCCACAUGAUUCUAAACUGUUCUGAAAAAUCUCAUCAUUCAUUUAUUUAUAUUUACACCAGUUUAAGAAGAAACCAAAAAAAAAAAAAAAGGCUUUAAUGCUUAACUACAUCCACUUCUACUUCUGAACAGCAUCAGAUCUUCUGAGGAAGCGAGUGCUGAAAGUGGAUCAUGACUAGAGCUGCAUCUGUAUCAGUAUCAGUUCAUUUACCGUCAUUAAGAGGCUGUGAUGCAGCACACGAUACUGUGAUACCGUACGAUGUGAGUCCAGCGCUAACGAACAGAGAACAGAGAACGAUCCGGAAAAAAGAUUUUCAUGAUUAAUGAACAAAACAAAGAGAAGCUUGAUGUAUAAAACAAAAAGGCAACAGAUUCUUAUUGGACAGGAUAAAGAGGAUAGUUUAAUAAUAAACUGAUUUACUUCAAAAAGCAUCUUAGACAUUCAGCGGUUUUUCUUGUACAUACAAUCGAGUGCAAAAGUUUGCACACCCUCUGGGUUUUCAAUGGAAAAAUGUUAAAUGCAAGAUUAAAAAAAAAAAACAAUGAUCCAUACACAAGGAAAAACAUCAGAAGAAAAACAGAUUAAAAAGCUUUUUUUUUUUUUUAUUUUUAACUUGCAGGGCAGUAUCAGCAAGAGGGGCAUAAAGAAUAAGCAAAAAUAUAAAGGCUGUAGCACGUUUGUAGUGAGGACUGCAGCGCUGGGCUCUAAAGUCACCGACAGAUCUAAAUAAAGUUCACAAUGUCCCUGUUUGCUCGUUACUAAGAAGGUUAAUUCACCAAAAACACACUACUUAUACUGAAAAAAGGAGUAUUGAUCUCUUCAUGUAGGUUUUUAUUGAGUGACUCCAUCUCCUUCACAUCGCUGCUCUGCUCCCCAUCCUUCACUGACCACAUGGAUGUUCUCCAGAUUUAUUCCUUGCUCAUAUUUUUAAUAUUUAAGAAUUUGCUCGAAGCAUGUAGAAAUUGUAUUCUUGAUUCAAGAAUCCUAAUUAUCCAUUGUGAUCACAACACUUUAAAACUUCUACUAAAGCAGACAGCGUAGUCUAGAUCAACCCUGGUCACGUUCCUCUGUCUCUAGUGUUCCUGUGUUACAGUUGGUGUUUUGAGGAAACGCUGUUUUCUGGCAUGUACAUGUGUGCAAUAAACUGCGUUAUUUCAAAAAGCA